UUUAAAAAGGGCUGUCUGUCAGCAGAGACAGUUAGUCUCAGUUUGAACUCACUCUGUGCAGGAGGAGCACAUCAGGCAAUGCUUUGAAGACCAGCGCCACAUGACGAAGUGUCAAAUUUACUUAACAGCAAAUUCCUUUCUGUGGAGUGGAACUGAAUUUAUGAAAAGGAUCUCUUUGCUUCAAUGUGUGUGACAGAGGAGUCUGGUGUUUUCCACUGCCAAACACUUACCAGAUGACCAUCCUUGUGUCAACCCUGAUUCAGAGCAAAGCUAAGUUGCAGGUAAAGUGUCUGUGUGUGCUUAUGUUCCUGAGCUUCCCUCUGAAUAUGGCUGAGAUCCCUGGUCCAUGCAGACACUCCAUCACUAGGGAGCACCUGCUUACAGUCAGGCAUCUGAUGGAUAACCAGUUGAGAAGCGGGUGCUCGAUAACCUACACAUUCAUAGAACGGAGAAGUUUGAGCAAAUGUUGCUUUGUAAAAGCUGCUUUACCCUGGAUCCUGGAGCUCCUCACCACCCACUUCAAAUAUAGCCGGGGUUCAGUCAAUGAUGACUAUGUUCAAUCUCUGAGAGCGCUCAUCCUCAACAUAUAUUCUCAGAAAUGUGUGCCACAGAUUAAUGAAGAGGUCGAGGACAAGCCAGAGAGUUUUGAAAUGCUCUACAGAGGGUCCCCCACAGAGGCGCUGCAGCGGGCUUCAGAGGUGCUGUCUGUUUACUGGGAGCUGGUCACGACCAGCGAUACACCAGUAGACUGGAGAUGCCAGCACGAAUACACAGAAACCUUUGACUCUACCACAGAGCUAUCCACAGAGUCACCCACACAUUUUACAGACAGUUAUGGUAGAAAGUCAGUGAAGGCCUCACAGAGAAGACCGGUCAGAGACCUGUACAAGCUUGGUUUCAUCAUCGCCUCCAUUUGCGGAGGACUGCUGUUCAUACUAACUAUCUACUGUCUGAUCACACAAAAGAGAACUCACAACCCUCACAGAUCAAGAUCUUACACAAACUCAAGAGACCUGCAGGAAAUAGAGAUGGAGCCACAAUAAUGUGGUAAAGAGCACAACGCUGCAGCCGCAGACGGAACACUUGUGAAGCUGUACAUUUUAUCCAUCAUGAACAAGUUUUCAUAUCACUACCUUGUAUGUAAUGUAUCAGGCUCUCCUGUUUAAUCGGAAGCUUCGCUUUGACUGAAAGCAAAGAUGGACCUUAUUUGGAAUAAUAUGCUAUGUAUAUUAUGUUUAUGCGUUAUCUUUUGCAGAUAUCUUUUCCAGUUCACAAAAAAAGUUUUAUUUUUACACUAGUUAUGAAUGUUGAAUAAUGUGUCUCCAUUUGCUGCCACUUAACCAACUGUUUGUAAUGUUGUUUGCCAAACAGUUCCACAAGUUAUUUAUUAGUUUGACUCUAUUCAAUUACCGUAUUGAUAAUAAAAGUUAACCAUCAAUACUAAAUCCAAACUGUAAUGCUCUCCAGCUGUACAGCUACCAGUGCAUUCAUAUACUAAUCAGCCACAUUAAAUCCAGUAACUAUACGCACACACACACACAGUAUGUAUAUACAUAUAUAC